ACCGUUCACAAAGGCACCUGUCCCAGUGCCAAUGAAGCGAUCAAAUAAAACAGGAACCCCAGAGUCUGGUGAAACCGUCUGGCCUAUUUCAACAAAAUAGCAAACCCUCCGGAGUAGUUCCAGAACUCUACCCACUAGCCACCAAGCCACCUAUGAGCCAGGCCUUGAAUAGGCCUGGUCCAUCCUCAUAUUGUGCCAUAACGGGCCACUAAGCAAAGCUUUAUUUAUACACGCUCGCCCUCUACUUCUCCGCGCAGCACAGCUUUGUUCCCAAUUAUCCAGGGAGUGGCUACUGGGUUACUUCUGCCGUCAAAGCUGCUUUGUUCAGUUCGGUUCUACCCUUGCGUCCCUGUCCCCGGUAUCAUUGCAUUUAUACCAAUUUGAGUCCAUCAAACCCUCUCAUCUCAGUCUUGCUAUUCACUUUUGAACUCUCAUCGGUCUUCCACUAUCCCGGAAGAAUCAACGACGCAGAAUGUCGUCCUUCCUGAGCUUCAAACACAUCCCGUGUCCAGCUGGAAAUAAGUGCGCCGCCUUUCAAUGUCUAUUCGGACACGGCAAUAACAAUGGCUCGGGGAUCAUCGCUGGUACAAGAUCUUCAUCGACUGUCACUACGAAGCCGUCAACCACAGCCUCCCGACCUCAUUCGGCCCCGAGUGAGGACGACGACGACCCGACCUCGUCUCAAGGAGGCCCUAGGAAACGACAGAAGAUAGACCAGGCAUUAGCGACGGCAGGAUCUGAAGAACGAAUCUCGAGACCUCCGACGACGGCUUCAGUGGCACCCACUGUCCCAGCUACGGCCCAGAGCACGAAGCCUUCGAGCCUCACUAGGCCUAUUUCCCCGCCAGCAUUAGGUCGACGUAUUUCCUCGACUUUGGAUCGGCUGCCUGCGGCGAAUGGAGCGAAGGAGAAGAAUGCCACCACAACACAGCCAAAGUUGACUCCUCAUCGCCGUACACUGUCGUCCACUUCUUCAAACAAACCUCCCUCGGGUGGGAAGCUACGCGCGUCAGGCUUGGACUCUGCGCCUACCUCUACACCAUCCCCUACACCGGCAAGAACUAAGAAGAACCCCCCAGCCGGGCCCUCCCCUUCUACUGGUACCGCUUCUGGUCCUUCCGCAUCUUCAUCUCCUAAACCCAGGAAGGUAGAAUCGCUCAACCCUCGCCAUCUCAAGUCGGCACCGGCGAGCCAUGAAACGCGGAUCAGACUUUUAAAACUUCUACACAGCGAGCUCAAGCGGCUCAACACCGAACUGAAAAAGACUGCCAAGGACGCCGAUACUGACCUCGUUCUUUCCGACCAGGAGCUCAUAUGGGAGGCCCUGGACCAGGAGGAAGCCGCGGCUGUCACGAAGCCCACCAUUUAUAGCCAAAGCCUGAGAAACGCCAUUAUGAAGUUGAAGCGCAUGAAUGUCCAGCAAUGGAAGGAGGAACGCCGCACUCUGGACCGGCGAUGCCGCGAUACUAAGAAACGGCCCGAGCAGGACCCCGCCGACACACCUAAGAAAGUCGUCACGGGCUUGCAGCCAGCCCAGGAAGUGCUGUUACUACGUCGACUUCUUACCUCCGUUGAUGGCCUGGCAGCCCAUGGCUACGUCCCGACCCUACCCACUGCUGCCGAGAUAGCCAAGGCUCGCGAUGGUAUGGAAGCUGCCCAGGGUUGGGAGAAGUGUGACCGAUGUGACCGGCGCUUCCAAGUUUUCCCAGGUCGCAGCGAGGAUGGCUCGCUCACUUCGGGAGGUGCUUGCACGUUCCACCACGGCAAGACCUACUUCCCCGAACGCCAGGCAGGCGAUAAGUCCAAAAAGGCAAAGCGUUACCUUUGCUGCGGUCAAGAAAUCGGAGACUCAGCUGGAUGCGCCGAAGCGCCCCAUCACGUCUUCAAGGUAACUGACCCGAAGCGCCUGGCCUCCAUUCUCAAUUACGCCGAAACGCCGGCCAAUCCUUCGGUGCCAGCUGACCGAGCCGUGUGCUUCGACUGCGAGAUGUGCUACACCACCUACGGCCUUGAACUGGUCCGGCUCACCGCCACUGCCUGGCCAACAGGUGCAACGAUGCUGGACGUCUUGGUGAUGCCCCGCGGCGAGAUUCUUGACCUUAACUCUCGUUUCUCGGGAGUCUGGCCGGAUGACAUGGCCCAGGCGGAGAUGUGGAACAACAAGGAGGUUCCCAACUGUGAAUCCAAGGACGGGCCCAAGAGGAUGAAAAUCGUCCCUUCUCCCGAAGCUGCGCGUGAUCUCCUCUUCUCGUUGAUCAGCCCCGAAACCCCGCUCAUUGGGCACGGUCUGGAGAAUGAUCUCAACGCUGUUCGAAUUAUCCACCCAACUCUCAUUGAUACGGUCCUUUUACAUCCGCACAAGGCCGGUCUUCCCUUCAGAUACGGACUGAAACGGCUGAUGCAGGAGCGCCUCGACCGCAAAAUCCAAGUCGAGACUGGCAGCAAGACUCUUGGUCAUGACUCGGCAGAGGAUGCGCGAGCAGCCGGCGAAUUGGUACAUCUCAAAAUUAUGGAGGAAUGGCAAAACAUGCAGCGGAGAGGCUGGAAGUUGGACGCAUCGAUAGGGGCUUUCAUCCCCCCCUGCUGAUAUCCGUCCGGCAAAGAGUGCAAGCCUAAGGCUGAUAAGCGGGAUAGGGAAUUCUUGGAGGCACUGACUGGGUCGACCAAGUCGGUAAAUAGCGAUCAGUCCGACUAGCUAUUUGGGUUAUAUAGGUCUCGCUGGGAUUUAGAGGAAUCAUAACGGUCUUGAGUUUCUGGGAAUCUCUGCCUAUGCAAUGGUCUGUCUGAAAACCAACCUACAUCUCCACCAU